AUGGUGGAUCGGAUUUCAAAAUUGCCAAAUGAAAUCAUCCACAUUAUUCUAUCACUUCUUCCAAUCAAAGAGGCUGCUCGAACACGCACUUUUUCUAGAGCCUGGGAAAAUAAAUACCGCAAUUCACACGAAUAUUUCAGAACUGUGCAUUACGAUCAUCACUCAUAUGCAUUGGAAAAACUGCUUAAUAUGGAAGGUAGUCAACAAGAGCCAACAAUUCAAGAAAUAAGGGACAAUUUCAUGGAUUAUGCAUCUAAUGACUUGCUCCGAAAAAUUCACGAACAGACUCCAGUGCUAGAAUUAGUAUUCAAUGUAGCUGUAAUUGGCUCUGAAUUUGAUGGUGUUAAUAAGUUUAUGGAGUUGAUUCAAGGAGCUAAGGUUGAGGAGCUGAGAUUGUUUGUGCAAUCACAAGACUUUCAUCUAUUACGAGGUUUCUUCGAGGCAGAUAUAUGUUAUGACUUUCCCUACUCAUUUUUACUGUGUUCCAUAUGGUUGAGAUAUCUUUAUGUAGAGGGAUGCAAAUUCAUGGCUAAUUUAUCUAUAAGAGAAGCAACGCUUAUCAUGGAGGUGGACAAGUUUUCUUCUCUGCGAAAGCUGUGUCUAGUUUAUGCUCUGUUGCCGCACCAAACAGCAUUAGACAACAUAGCCUGUUGUUGCCCAGAACUUGAAUAUAUUUGGUUUAGCGGUUGCAGUGUUUGGUUUAUAACCCUUAAUCUCUCAAGUUUUCCUAAGCUUAAGAGAGCUUCUAUGUUAGGUGCUCAGGAUGACGCCCUCCGAUAUGUUGGCAUUAGAGAGACUAACCUUGAGGAAUUUGUUUGUACUAUAGUUGGUUUGGAGUGUUUGAUCAGUCUGCCUGCUUGUCGUAAUAUCAAGAAGCUCGUGCUUCAUCGAUGCUCAGUAAACGAGCCUGAUCUGUUAGAAGACCUUACUUAUUUUCCACUUCUUGAGGAAGUAGAUUUUCAAGAACUGACCGAUCAUUUUUAUACGAUCAAAGCAGCAAAUUCUCAUAUGAGGAAUUUCGUACAUAUUGGCACAGGCUAUGAGGAGCUUUAUUUUGACUGUCCAAAUCUUAAGACGUUUGAUUACUUUUGCAGGGACCAUACACUCCCUUGGUGGAUUUCACUUUACUUACCAAUUGAUAUAGAUCAUGUUUACUUCUCUUUCAUCGUGAUGUAUAAACGUACCCCGCUGUGGUUCAUCUGCUUGAGGAGGUUUGUCAAACAGAUACAAGGAUUCAAUAAUAAUGUUUAUCUACACAUUAUGGUUUCAGUCGAUAUGGAUGAGUUUUAUCUUGAUGCAUUUGGAGAGAAUUGCCAACCCAACGAUAUUAACAUAGAAGUAGAGAUUCUAUAUAACACACGCACACAAACUGCAGCAGUUGUUGAUGUGGAUGGCCUGAUGUGGAGCACUCUUCCGUCUUAUUUACAUUUAGGCGGUUAUUGUCACGACUUCGUGGAGGACUUGUGUCAAAGAUUAGACCAGAUAUUCUCAAGAGAAUACUGUUAUUAUUGUAACCAGAAGCUAUGCUCUAUGUAUUGGUGGCAUAACAUAAGAGAUUUCGAAGUAACUCACAGGAAUGUGGACAUGAAGCAUAAUUUGGCCGCUUUGGUGAAUAUGUCCACAGAAAAUCUUCCAUCUGUAUCUGAUGAUCGUAUUGAUCGUCUACCGAUUUGUUUCGAAUUUGAGUGGUACACUGAUGAAGAGACCAUAGUAGAGUAUUUGCUUGCUCAGUUGCCAGGAUUCAUUUCUGAUGAGGAAGAAGAAUGA